AUGCCGGCUGAAAUUGAUAUUGAUGAGGCUGACAUACUAGUUUUAUCUCAAGGGUUACAGAAGACAAGUAAACUCACUUUCCAAAUCAAUAAAUCAUUGCAAAAAAUUGCAGCUACUUCCAAUCAAUCUAGCCAACUUUUUACUCCCAUUCUUGCUAGGAACAAUGUUUUGACCACACUACAAAGAAAUAUUGAAAGUACUUUGAAUUCCGUUGCCUCAGUAAAAGAUCUAGCCAAUGAAGCUUCUAAAUAUGAGAUUAUUCUACAAAAGGGUAUUAAUCAAGUCGGAUUAAAACAAUAUACUCAAGUAAUACAUAAACUGGAUGAUAUGUUGGAGGAUAUCCAAUCUGGACAAGCUAAUCGAGAAGAGAACUCAGAAUUCCAUGGGAUUUUAACACAUUUGAAAGAACUGAUCAAAAGCAGUGAGGCUCAAUUGAGGGUAUAUUUCAUUUCAAUCUUGAACAGCAUAAAACCAUUUGAUCCUCAAAUCAAUAUCACAAAAAAGAUGCCGUUCCCAUAUUAUGAAGACCAACAGUUGGGUGCUCUCUCAUGGAUUUUAGACUAUUUCCACGGUAAUUCAGAAAAUUCUACUAUACAAGACAUACUUGUCGGUGAGAGAAGUAAAUUAAUCCUCAAAUGCAUGGCAUUUCUUGAACCAUUUGCUAAGGAAGUUGUCACUGCGAAAAAUGCACCCUACGAAAAGGGCAGCAGUGGAAUGAAUAGCUAUACAGAGGCAUUGUUAGGUUUCAUUGCUAAUGAGAAGUCACUGGUAGACGAUCUGUACUCUCAGUACACGGAAAACAAACCUCAGGUACUGUCACAGAUUUUGUCGCCUUUGAUAAGUGCAUACGCCAAACUCUUUAGUACCAAUUUGAAGAUGGUACGAAGCAAUCUCGAAAACGUUGGAUUCUUUAGUUUUGAAUUGGUCGAAAGUAUAAAUGAUGUGAAGAAAACUCUGCGAGGCAAGGAACUACAAAAUUAUAAUUUAUUGCAAGAUUGCACUCACGAAGUACGUCAGGUAACCCAAUCGCUAUUCAAAGAUGCCAUUGAUAGAAUUAUCAAAAAGACUAACUCGAUUUCCACUAUUCCUUCCAAUAAUGGUGUCACUGAAGCAACUGUAGAUACAAUGUCAAGACUAAGAAAGUUCAGUGAGUAUAAGAACGGAUGUCUAGGUGCCAUGGAUAAUAUCACACGUGAGAACUGGUUACCUUCUAGCUAUAAAGAGAAGGAAUACACUUUACUUAGCGAGUCACUAAACUGGGAAGAUCACAAUGUAUUAUUAUCGUGUUUCAUAAGUGAUUGUAUAGACACAUUGACGGUUAAUCUUGAGAGAAAAGCGCAAGUAUCAUUAAUGCCUAAUCAGGAACCAGAUGUUGCCAAUCCUAAUAGCUCAAGAAAUAAGCACAAACAACGUAUUGGAUUCUUUAUCUUAAUGAACUUGAUACUUGUUGAGCAGAUUGUGGAAAAAUCAGAAUUGAACUUAAUGAUCGCUGGGGAAGGUCACUCUAGAUUGGAACGGCUGAAAAAACGUUAUGUUAGUUAUAUGGUAUCUGAUUGGAGAGAUCUAACCGCAAAUUUGAUGGAUGCAGUGUUCAUUGAUAGUAGUGGUAAAAAAUCAAAAGACAAAGAACAAAUUAAAGAGAAAUUUAGAAAAUUCAACGAGGGUUUUGAAGAUUUAGUGUCGAAAACAAAACAAUAUAAGCUCUCAGACCCAUCAUUAAAGGUAACCUUGAAAUCGGAAAUCGUUUCAUUGGUUAUGCCCAUGUAUGAAAGAUUCUAUAGCAGAUAUAAGGACUCUUUUAAGAAUCCUAGAAAGCACAUUAAAUAUACCCCUGAUGAACUAACUACUGUUCUGAAUCAAUUAGUUAGGUAG